AUUGAAGUAGCCCAGCUGCUCUCCUUAUUGCUAGCAGCCGGGGAGGAGGCUCCCUAAGUGAGCUACUUCUCAAGCUAGGCACGAGCGAAUUUGAAAAAGCAGGAAACAGCCCCUGCUUGUAGAGCUUCAGCCUGGCAACUCCCAGCUAGUAUUCCAGACAGCUGGGUAGCUAGAGACCCUUGGUAUUGUGGUCACAUCCCUAAGAAGUGAACAGUCAUCAGCAGUGGCAUUUGGAGGAAGCCGGCAUGCUACAGAUGCUGUGGCAUUUUCUGUCUAGCUUUUUCCCUAGAGCUGGGUGCCAGGAUUCCAGAGAGGGCAUCGAUCAUGGAGUCAAAGGCACUCAGACCCCUGCUCGGGGAGACCAGAUGCCCACCUUUUUGGGGAAACAAAACGGAAGGGCUGAGGCCACGGAAAAGAGACCUACCAUCUUGCUGGUGGUCGGACCUGCAGAACAGUUUCCUAAGAAAAUUGUGCAAGCAGGUGACAAGGACCUUGAUGGGCAGUUGGACUUUGAAGAGUUCGUACAUUACCUCCAAGAUCAUGAGAAAAAACUGAGGCUGGUGUUCAAGAGUCUGGACAAAAAGAACGAUGGACGAAUCGAUGCUCAAGAGAUUAUGCAGUCCCUGCGGGACCUGGGUGUCAAGAUCUCUGAACAGCAGGCGGAGAAGAUUCUUAAGAGAAUACGAACGGGCCACUUCUGGGGCCCUGUCACCUACAUGGACAAGAACGGCACGAUGACCAUUGACUGGAAUGAGUGGAGGGACUACCACCUGCUGCACCCCGUGGAGAACAUCCCUGAGAUCAUCCUGUACUGGAAGCAUUCGACGAUCUUCGAUGUUGGCGAGAAUCUGACAGUCCCGGAUGAGUUCACGGUGGAAGAGAGGCAGACGGGGAUGUGGUGGAGGCACCUGGUGGCCGGAGGUGGGGCAGGGGCCGUUUCCAGAACCUGCACUGCUCCCCUGGACAGACUGAAGGUGCUCAUGCAGGUCCAUGCCUCCCGCAGCAACAAUAUGUGCAUCAUAGGCGGAUUCACACAGAUGAUUCGAGAGGGGGGGGCCAAGUCUCUCUGGCGGGGCAAUGGCAUCAACGUCCUCAAAAUUGCCCCUGAGUCAGCCAUCAAAUUCAUGGCGUAUGAGCAGAUGAAGCGCCUCGUUGGCAGUGAUCAGGAGACGCUGAGGAUCCAUGAAAGGCUUGUGGCAGGCUCCUUGGCUGGGGCCAUUGCCCAGAGUAGUAUCUACCCAAUGGAGGUGCUGAAGACCCGAAUGGCCCUGCGGAAGACAGGCCAGUACUCGGGCAUGCUGGACUGCGCCAGGAGGAUCUUGGCUAAAGAGGGUAUUGCUGCCUUCUACAAAGGCUACAUUCCCAACAUGCUGGGGAUCAUCCCCUAUGCUGGCAUCGACCUCGCUGUCUAUGAGACACUGAAAAAUACCUGGCUACAGCGCUACGCAGUGAACAGCGCAGAUCCUGGUGUGUUUGUUCUCCUGGCCUGUGGCACUAUCUCUAGUACCUGUGGCCAGCUGGCCAGCUACCCACUGGCCUUGGUCAGGACUCGGAUGCAGGCACAAGCCUCCAUUGAGGGUGCGCCUGAGGUAACCAUGAGCAGCCUCUUCAGACAGAUUCUCCGGACUGAAGGGGCCUUUGGGCUAUACCGGGGGCUGGCCCCCAACUUCAUGAAGGUGAUUCCAGCUGUGAGCAUCAGCUACGUGGUGUACGAGAACCUGAAGAUCACCCUGGGUGUGCAGUCUCGGUGACGGGAGGGUGGCGGACUUGGUGAUCCUGGGCUUCAGCCCAGGGUGUGCAGCCAUCUCAUUCUGUGAAUGUGCCAACACUAAGCUGACCUACCCAAGCUGUGAAACCCAGGAUGCCACAAGAGAAGGGCAGGGGCUGGCAAGCUCUGGGCUGGUCCUGCUGACCUGGCAGGCCCUUGUGUCCCUUCCAAGGAAGACCUGUGGACAUUCCUUGGGGUCCAGAGGUCAGUAGGAUGUAGGCUCCUGCACCUAGAGACAGGACGUUUCCUGCAAUGCCUGCCAAAUAGUGAGCUUGGAGACCAGCUUAGUCCUUCCAUCUAGUUCUCGCAGCCAGACCUCGGCCACACCCUCCCUCUGGUCCAAAGAGCAUUCCUGUGUCCCCUCAAGUCUUUCCCGUGGAUGUGCUGUGGUAGGAAGUAGACCUCUCCCCACUUCUUCUUGUCCCUCUCCCCUCAUUGCUGCUCCUCCAAACCUGUUUCCCAAGCUGUAGCAUUCCCGUGGACCUGUGGUACAGGAAGCUGAAGGAGUACCCCUUAAUGUCCUUGCCUCCUCUGAGCUCACCAGCAAAGCUGUGUGGAUGGGCCUGGGGACUCAGGCACUGGCUGCCUGACACGGUGGUGCAUGGCUUUGCUGAAAUCUAGGACCUGGAUCCCAGAGGAUCUGUGCUACCUGCAUGGGCCUAAUGUCCUCUGAGCUGUCCCUAAACCCCGUCAGGACUGGCACCAGAUCGUGACCACACUUACUGUUCCAGUCUGUGGUGUGAGGGUGGGGCAGGGUGUCUGUCCCGGUGUGCUGUCCUGAUGAGAAGGAAAGGAUGCUGAAGGCCUUAAUUAUGUCUGAACUGGAUAAAGGCUGUGGUUCGGAAGGACAAGCUGGACAAAGCACGUGUACAGCACUUACAGAGAGAGCCGGAAGGAAGUGGUUUGGCUGCUUUAAAGUCUGUUCUGAGGUCCUGUGGGCCAAGUGGGACCAGCCUCACAUUCCACACGGCAUAUCACACUGCUUGGAGCCUAUUUAUUUUGUAUUUAUUUGAACAGAGUUAUGUCCUAACUAUUUUUAUAGAUUUGUUUAAUUAAUAGCCUGUCAUUGUCAAGUACAUUUUUUAUUCAUA